GAGCUGCGGCUGUUCUUUGCUGCUAAGCACGCGCGCGUUUAGUUUUCCAUUUGAAUUUGGCAAAUGCUUUGUUUUUCCAACGCUUGCGGCGCAUUUAUGUAAAUGAAACAAAUAGCAUAAAUAUUCAAUGAAAUUGCUUUCGUUUGUGGGUUGACCCUCAACUGUGACAGGCGGAGUGUGUCUAUUGUUGAUUUCUUGUGCCGACUUCUAUUUAUAAGCCCAGCACACACGUCAAUGUGCAAUUAGAACGGGCAUUAAGAAACUCGCACAGCGAAGUGUGUUAAUUUAUCAACAGUGACGUAUACGUAAUGUGACAAAAGAAAUUUUGUGUUUUCAAAUGAUGGCUGGCUUAUUUGGCUUGAUUGAUUGUUGAUUGUAAAAUUGAAUAUUUUGCUAGUUUUACUGUCGAUUAUUUACACGCGCAAAUAUCCAUUUUGUUUAUGUGCUAUAAGUACUAUGCACAGUUGCUACAAGAUAUUUGUAUACGCGCCAUAAAACUAAACAAAUGUGAAACAAAAAUUGUUGUAGCUUGUCAAAAGAUUGAAACCGCAUGAGGCAUCGUUAAAGUGAAUAAAUAGCGCCCAGUAUUCGUUUUUAUGUAAAUAAAUAGCGCUUAAAUUAAAUUUAUUUACGGGUUUUUGCAGCGAUUUGUGAAGUGUGAAUUUAAAAAUUCAGCAUACGAGAUUAAAACUUAAACCAAAAUAUGCAACAAUGGAGCUGAUAAAAAAAUACAAACAACGACAAUUAUCAACUGGCGAUGUGCGCAAACUAAAUCACAUAGUUAUAUGCCUCAUGGUGCUUGUGGCUAUAAUCUCUAUUAUCUGGAGCGUUUCACUGCACAUGCUGUCUGGAGAUUUUUACGAUGGAAUCAUCAGUGCCAAAAUUAUAUUUAAGCAGCGCGACUUUGCCAAGCUGGACAACAAAAGCAAAGAGAUUCUACAACAGGAUUUAGUCAGGUUCGAACAGCUGGCCUAUGGCUACAACGAAAAGCCGCAAAUGCUGCAGAGCGACAGCUCUACAACCAAGAAGCCAAAGUAUAAAUUUGCACAUAUCUAUGAGCCAAAGGAUUAUGCACCACAGCUGGCACGCCUGGUUAGCCAUCAGGAGCUGCCAGCGACAACAACAACGACAAGUGCAACGCCGCAAGUUGCACCCAAUGCUGAGCUGGAUCGCAAGUUCUUAGCUAGCCAAUCUGUAGAUACAUUUGCCACACGCUGGAGCACUGGCUUUGGUGCUCAGUUCGUCUAUGCAUUUCCUUUUAUAUCUGAAAUUGUAGCCAUUAUAUGGACAGCCAUGUGUUUGAUUUAUCAAACGGGCCACAAGAAAACUUCCGUGCUGCCCAAGCCCUGGCGCAUUGUUGUGCCUUCUAUUGUCAUGUUUACGCUCAUGACUGUCAGCAGCAUCGCCUACACCAUACUGACCAAUGGCUAUCUGAAGCGCUUGUGCAGCCAACUGCGACAGGAGCUAACCAAUUCCGCGGCCAUUAGCUGUGGCGAUGCCAUGUCCCUGCUGCGUCCUUUUGUCAACGAGCAUCGCAUCUCACAUGAUGCCUACCUGCAACUCUUUCGCUGCAGCUACAUUGUUUGCCUGGUGCUUUGGCUGCUCGCGCUGCUGCUUAUGCUGCUGCGUUAUUCGCUGGCGCUGGACUUUCAGCUGGUUGAUAUCGAGGAUAUGUUUGAGCAGCCGGUGGCUGUGCUGCAGCCAGUCUAUACUGAAGUGCAGCAGAGCAGUCCGCGGCAUGAGCAGCAGCAGACGCAGGCGCGGCCAAAGUCAGAUGAGGAUUAUCAGAGCGCCAAGUCCAGGCUAAGCGAUGUGGCCAUGCCACUGCUGGAGCUAAAGCUGCAGGACGCUGCUGCACGCCCACUAACAUCCCACUCAACCACGCAGGCUUGAGCGCUGCCUUUUGACUGAAGCAGCAAUGCAAUCUCAGGUUUCUAUCUCGAACAAUUGAUAUUUUGUAAGCCUAAGUUAAGUGAAACUCGUGCCUCGUUUGUAAAAUGCUAAUUUAAUGUUUUUAAUAAAAAUGCAGUAGUCUAAACAAAAGUGCGAUAGAAUCGAGAGCUUA